AUGAUCCUGCCUCGUGAUGGAUAUCCUCGUCAAGACUCAUCAUCGUCCGUGGAGUCUCCCUCGUCCGGUCGGGAUCAGAUCAUCAUUGGCGUGGUGUUUGGAGGAGUAGCAGCGAUCAUGAUCAUAAGCGCCAUCCUCCUCAUCCGAUGCAAGAAACGAAGCAAUGAACGCCGUCAUCGCCGUCAGCAGCAACGCCUGCUCGCCCAUCAUUUGUCUCAGUCCACCACUGGGUACUAUCAGUAUCAUCCUGACUUGGAAGGAAGCAAGCCUCAGACUCCCGAGUACCCACUUGAGAUCACCUCCACAACACAGCAGGAACCUUCCUCAUGUCUUGAACAACAGCAACAUCAUCCUCAGCAGAGGGUCAUUGAGGAUCCCCCGCCGGCGUAUCAGCCCCUCCCUGUGUAUGAUCCCUCUCGGUACCACGGGGUUGAUGGCAUGGUCGGUAUCGCGGUGCCAUAUCCUGGGGUCACGGCUAGUAUGUAUCGGAUGUCGGGAUUGGGUAUAGAGCCUCAGAGGAGAGUGCCAGAUAGGGACUCGAAUGCCUUUAGCUUCGCUGUUGAGGAGAGGUUGGAUGUGCCGGUCAACAGGUCAGGUGGUGAGGCGGAGGAAGGCCAGUCGGUUCAACGACCUAGACCGGUGCUGUCACGCUUGGUGACGAAUUUUGGGUAG